AUGAAGUUGUAUGAGGGUGUGUUCUUGGUGGCUAUUUGCUUUCAUGCAUAUACGCAGCUGGUCAAGGGGAAACCUCAACCUCGCGAGGGUUGCUCAACUAGAUGUGGCAAUGUCACAAUCGAGUACCCUUUUGGCACUUCUUCAGGUUGUUACUAUGCCAAAGAUCCUAGUUUUAAACUCACCUGUAAUGAGAAAAAGAAGCAGCUUCUCUAUAGAAACCUUCCGGUCAUCAGCAUUUCUCACAGCAGCGAAUUACGUGUUCGGGUUCCCCCUUCCUACUCUUGCUACAAUAGCCGUGGAAACUUGAGUGAUUGGCUAUACAAUAAUUUUACGCUGGGUGAUUUUACUCUCUCCACCAAAAACAGGCUUACUGCUGUAGGCUGCAACAUUCACGCGUUCCUGAGUAUAUACGGAACUAACUCAUCAUCUGGAUGCAUGUCAAUGUGUGAUUCUCGUCCGGAGGCAAAUGAAGAAUGUUCUGGUAAAGGUUGCUGCCAGAGUUCUGUCUCUAGGGGGGACAAAUCCUUUGAAGUUCAAGCUAAGAGUUUUAACAACUACACUUCUGUGCAGAGCUUUAAUCCUUGCAACUAUGCCUUUCUCGUCGAAAAUGGUUCAUUCAACUUCGAUGCGUUGGAGGACCUAAAGAAUCUGCGAAAUGUCACAGACUUCCCUGUGGUAUUAGAUUGGUCCAUUGGACAACAAACAUGCGAACAGGUUAGGAACACGAACAUAUGUGGUGGGAACAGCACAUGUUUUGAUUCUACUCGUGGAGUCGGCUAUAACUGCAAAUGUUUUGAAGGUUUUGAGGGAAAUCCAUACCUUUCAUACGGCUGCCAUGACAUUGAUGAGUGUACUAGCAUUAGACAUAACUGUUCGGAUCCCAACACCUGUAGAAACACCCGUGGGAGCUUUUAUUGCAAGUGCCAACCUGGUUACCGCUUAAAUACCAACACUAUGAGCUGCAAGCGUAAAGACGUUGGAUGGACAAUAAUAAUGCUUGGAACCGUCAUCGGCUUCUUGGCCAUCUUGCUUGGCAUUAGCUGUAUAAGACAGAAAACGAAGCACCGGAAAAACACUGAGCUCCGACAAAAAUUCUUCGAGAAAAAUGGUGGCGGCAUAUUGAUACAUCGACUCUCAGGAGCAGGGCCAUCAAAUGUUGAUGUUAAAAUAUUUACUGAGGAAUGCAUGAAGGAAGCAACUAAUGGUUAUGAUGAAAGCAGAAUAUUGGGCCAAGGAGGCCAGGGAACAGUCUACAAAGGGAUAUUACCAGAUAACUCCAUAGUUGCUAUAAAGAAAGCUCGGCUUGGAGAAAAUAGCCAAGUAGAGCAGUUCAUCAACGAAGUGCUCGUUCUUUCACAAAUCAACCACAGGAACGUGGUCAAGCUUUUGGGCUGCUGUCUAGAGACUGAAAUUCCUUUAUUAGUCUAUGAGUUCAUUACCAAUGGCACCCUUUUCGAUCACUUGCACGGUUCCAUGUUUGAUUCUUCUCUUACAUGGGAACACCGUCUAAGGAUAGCAAUAGAAGUUGCUGGAACACUUGCAUAUCUUCACUCCUCCGCUUCUAUUCCAAUCAUUCACCGAGAUGUCAAGACUGCUAAUAUCCUCUUGGAUGAAAAUUUAACUGCAAAAGUAGCUGACUUUGGUGCUUCAAGGCUGAUACCGAUGGAUAAAGAGCAGCUCACAACUUUGGUGCAAGGUACUCUGGGUUACUUAGACCCAGAAUACUACAACACAGGGCUUCUGAACGAGAAGAGCGAUGUUUAUAGCUUCGGGGUAGUCCUCAUGGAACUGAUCUCAGGUCAAAAGGCAUUGUGCUUUGAAAGACCACAUCACUCAAAACAUCUGGUGGGUCACUUUGUUUCUUCCACAAAAGAGAAUAGGUUGCAUGAGAUUAUUGAUAGGAAAGUGAUGAACGAAGACAAUCAGUGGGAGAUCCACGAAGCUGCGAAAAUUGCAGGCAAAUGUACAAGAAUUAUGGGUGAAGAAAGGCCAAAGAUGAAAGAAGUAGCUGGAGAGCUAGAGGCCUUGAAAGUCAAAGCAACAAAGCAUAAGUUCUCGGAUCAGUAUCUUGAGCAGGAUGAACACUUGCUAGGUGUUCAAAUCUUUUCUGCACAGGACAUCAUCAAGAAUGUACCAAUAUUGGACAAUGAAGCUGGCCGCUGA